AUGGGUGGUGGUGGUGAUCAGUGGCGGCUAGUGGCGGUGGCAGCGAUGGGUGGCGGUGGUCGGUGGGUGACGGUUGUUAGCGGUGGUGGCGGCGAUGGUCAGGGUUGGCGGUGGUCUGCGGUGGCAGGUGGCGGCGACGAUGGUGGGUGGUGGUGGUUGAUGGUAGCGAGUGGUGGCCGCGGAGGAUGUGGCGGUAGUGGUCAGGCGGUGGUCGGUGGUGGCGAUGACGACGGUGAGUGUUGGUGGUCAACGGUAGCGGGUGGUGGCAACGGAGAAUGGGUGGUUGUGGUGGUCGACGAAGGGUGGCGAUGGUUUAUGAUGGCGGGUGGCAGCAAUGGUAGUCGAUGGCGGUGGCGGCGGGUGGCGGAGAACGGUGGUGGUGGUGGUCGCCGGAGGUUGGUGGCGGGUGGUGAUGACGGCAGGUGGUGGUGGUGGUGGCAAAUGGUGGAGGUGGCAAAUGGUGGAGGUGAUGGGUAG